CUUCUUUUGCAGUCGCAGCCCGUGUCGUUCUUUUUUGUGGUGAAUGAACCCCGAGGAACCGGAGCUUUGGGGACGCAGUUCCCCCACACGCCUGCGCCCGGGCCCCCCUGCAGACGCGUCCUGGCGUGAGGAGGAGGAGGAGCCGCGGUCGAAGCCGUGCUGCCAGUGGCCGAUGGCGGCGGGCGGUGGGGUCGGGCUGCUGCCCUUUCUGCGGCUGCUGGGGCAGCUCAAGAGAGUACCGCGGACGGGAUGGGUGUACAGGAACGUGGCAAAACCAGAGAGCGUCUCCGACCACAUGUACAGGAUGGCGAUGAUGGCUUUGGUGACUGAAGACAAAAACCUUAACAAGGACAGAUGCAUACGAUUAGCUUUGGUUCAUGAUAUGGCUGAAUGCAUUGUUGGAGAUAUUGCUCCUGCAGAUAAUAUCCCAAAAGAGGAGAAACACAGGAGAGAAGAGACAGCUAUGCAACAGCUGACCCACCUUCUAUCAGAGGACCUCAGAAAAGAAAUCUAUGAACUCUGGGAAGAAUAUGAAAACCAGUCUACUGCAGAGGCCAAAUUUGUAAAGCAGUUGGAUCAGUGUGAGAUGAUACUGCAAGCAUUUGAGUAUGAAGAGUUGGAAAAGACACCUGGCAGACUGCAGGAUUUUUUUGAUUCAACUGCUGGGAAGUUUGUUCACCCAGAAAUACUCCAGCUUGUAUCUCUGAUUUACACAGAAAGGAAAAAAAGAAUAGCUGCCACAUCUCAUCCACAUUCCUGAGGUGUUCCUAAAUGCUGUAGCCAUAAUAAAUACUUUGGUUUAUA